UUAACAAUUUGAAGCUUCUGCAUUGCACUCUAUAAUUUGCUGAUUUUACAAUUUCAGCACACUUCAAGUUGUUUUAUGUCAAUCUUUAAGGCAGUUCAAGCACUUCUGUUGGUGAAGAUGACUUAGGGCCUGUUUGGCAUGGCUUUUGAAAAGCCAAAAAGAGCUUUUUGAGACUUGAAAGUUAUUUUGGGCCUGUCUGCCUAUUUUUAUAAAAGUACUAUUUUUUUAUUAGAAGAGCUUUCAGAGAAAGUUAGUCUAACGUAAAAUGGAGAUCGUAUCAACUUGUUCCGAUCUCAGAUAAUAAACUCAUGAGUUUAGUCUUACUUCUUAAGAAACAAAGCACUUCCAGAAUAGGAAAGUCUUUUAUUAUCUAGUUUUCAAACAAAAAUUUAGGUAGCUUUCUCCAAAUGCUCUUCUACAGUAAGUAAAAGCAAAAGCAAAAGUCAUGUCAAAUGGCCCUUUAUUGAUUAUUGCUUCCACUGUGAAGCGUAAAUAUUUUGGCUGAGAAUAGGAUUAAGCUUUAACUGUUUUCUGAAUCUGAUUUGAGAUUGAAGGUACUAGAUGAUUUUUACCUGACCAAGAACCUGUCAUCAUACUAAUGGUUUGUCUUGAAUUGCUACUCCAUUAUGGUUUUGCCAAUUUGCUUUGCAGCUCGUGGAAGCAAGAGCUAUGUGGAUGCAAGAGCUACAGAAGCAAACCAAGGAUGAGUCGGAUUGGAUUGGAAGUAGUACUUUUUAUUCAAAAGAAAGUGUGGAUUCACCACGUGAGAUCUUUUCUGCAUCCUCAUUUGAAGAUGGUCAUUAUAAGAAUAUGUCAGGCACAACAGUUGAUAAAAUGACAUGCCAAGCAACAAAUUAUUGUGAGAUAGAAAAGCAACCUCUUGAAAGUAGUGACAUCCAGUUCAUUGACAAGUCCGUUAUUGAAGAAGAUCCUGCUAGCAAACCCGUGGAAAAGGAGAUAGUUUUAGGUCCAUCUAUAGAAAUGCAAGUGCAGGAUUAUGAUGACGAUGAUGAUUGGCUAAAUGAAGACCCCGACUUAGUUGAGUGCUCUGGCACCACGGUUUUCGGAAGUGGGGAAGAUGUAUCAUUCAGUGAUCUUGAAGAUGAUAUUGAUUGUGCUAUGCCUGUGAAAACUAAAAUAGUCUCCAGUGAUGGGAAUAAACUAACUAAAACUUCAUAAGUGUGGAGUGCAAAAGCAGAUGUGUCUGAUAUUUUCCAGGUUGAUCUGCCUCUUGGUCUCCUUUUGGCACUUCGAGACCCCAAAGAUCUGUUUGAUGCUUGCAGGGAUGACUCAUGAGCUGCCUUUGCAAGAUUGGAAGUCUUAAAAGAGUUCCCACUGAGUGUACUCAAGGAGCCUGCGAGGACUGUCAAUAAUGAACGACACUUGGGAGGUUAGCUCUUGUAAAAAUGUUGCAGGUGCAAACAACCCCCUAUCUCAGGGUGCUGAGGUUUCCUAAAAGUUGAGGAUGAUAACAUCAAUUUUUUGAUUCAUUGUUGAAGGUCACGCAUGCCACAGAGAAGGAAACCUUUGGUCUAUUUCUUUUUCUUUUUCUGUUCCCCCUUAUAAUUUUUUAUUGAAAUGAGCCAGCCAAUAAUAUGCCGCAAGAUAAAGUUUUCAGCUCCUAUUGUCUUCUUUUACCUGUUUCUCUUGUUUUGAGUCACUGGAUAUUCACAGAAGAAACGAUUGUGUGGCUGUACAUAGGACAUGUAAAGUUUUUGGGAUUGCUGAAUUUGAAACUUACUAAAAUCACCAUUAGUCAGCUUUUAUGGACUUGUAUUUAUUUUUGUA